UUCAUAACUUUUCAAGCAGUCUAAUAAGAAGGAUCUUUUACUUCAUCAUCCUUGAAUUAUUCAUCCUUGAAUUAAUUCUUAAUUUUUUAAUUAUGUGGACCAGAAUUCAGGAACGACUACUGUUACGAAGCCGCUUGAUGACGUUGGAAAGACUUUUCCAAUACGAAAGCUGGUACGAGAUGAAUCGUCCUGAUUAUGAGAAGUGGACGAAAAUUGCAGAAAACAGCGGACUUAUUGGAAAGAAAUCCGUCAGUGAAUGCUGGCGUCAUUUUUGCGAACUCUAUCAUACGUUCAAGUACCAUAAAGGCGUAUCGAAACGCGGUGAGCCUAUUGAACCAUGGGAGUACUAUGACACCUUCAAUCACUACUACCAUGUUUGCUUGGACCGGGAGGAUGCACGUUGGAGGGCAAUCAGGGCUGCUCGCUAUGCUCACGCUGGCGACUCUGACGACUCUGACUGACUUUAAAUUUUUGAAGAUUUACAUUGAUCAUCGAUAAAACUCAUAUUAAUUUCCUACUUCGAACAAUCACAUAAUUUAUUACUCUUCAAUGAAGUUAAUGAUCAUUAUCGUUACUAUUUUUUAUUAUAUUACGUCAGUUAUGGCCUAAAUUUUUCUACUAUGUUUGAUUUAAUAAGAAAAAUAUUAAUGUUAUUCAAAAUAAAAAAAAUGCGCGUUGGAGGGCAAUCCAGGAUGCUCGCGAUGAAGACUCUGACUGAUUGAAUUUUUAAACAUUUGGAUUGAUCUUCGCUAAAACUUAGAUUAAUUUCCUCCUUUGAACAAUCAUAUGAUUUAUUAUUCUCCAAUGAAGUUAAUUAUUAUUAUCGUUAUUAUGUUUUAUUACAUUACGUGAGCUAUGGCCUAAAUUUGUCAAAUAUUUUUUUUGAAUUAAUUAGAAAAAUAUUAAUGUAUCUUCAAAAUAAAAAAAAAAAUUAUUUUAACUUAGCAUUUUUUUAUUUUUUUUAUGUGAAUAUGUACAAUAAUAAAGUUUAACGGUAAGACUCA